CGCUCCACGCGCGCCCGGACGCGGCGGCCAGGCUUGCGCACGGCUCCCGGUGGGUGGACUCCUGGGCACGAUGGAGUGGGUGUGGGCACUCGUGCUGCUGGCGGCGCUGGGCAGCGGCUGGGCGGAGCGCGACUGCAGGGUGAGCAACUUCCGAGUCAAGGAGAACUUCGACAAGGCUCGCUUCUCUGGGACCUGGUAUGCCAUAGCUAAGAAGGACCCUGAGGGUCUCUUUCUGCAAGAUAACAUCAUCGCAGAGUUUUCUGUGGACGAGAAUGGCCAGAUGAGCGCCACGGCCAAAGGCCGAGUCCGUCUCUUGAGUAACUGGGAAGUGUGCGCAGACAUGGUAGGCACCUUCACAGAUACCGAAGACCCUGCCAAGUUCAAGAUGAAGUACUGGGGAGUAGCCUCUUUUCUCCAGAGAGGAAAUGAUGACCACUGGAUCAUCGACACGGACUAUGACACGUUCGCCCUGCAGUACUCCUGUCGCCUGCUAAAUCUGGACGGCACGUGUGCGGACAGCUACUCCUUGUGUUCUCCCGCCACCCCAGUGGCUUGACCCCCGAGGCAAGGAGGCUGGUGAGACAGAGGCAGGAGGAGCUGUGCCUGGACAGGCAGUACAGGUGGAUUGAGCACAAUGGUUACUGUCAAAGCAAACUAUCAAGAAACAUUUUGUAGCAACAUCAAGGACGUACAGUUUCACUUGAAAACUUCUAAUUAACUCUCAGCUUCAUCUCUAUUUAUCUUCGGAGUUUAGUUUGCUCCCCUCUCCUUACCUUCUCUCAGGAAACAUAAAACCUUC